UUAUCUAAAUAUUAUGUAUCAGAUUUUAUAGAAAAUCCAUUUUGUAUUAUCCGAAUAUACUAUUAAGAACAAGCUACUGGCUGCAAUGCUAGAAGCGAAUAUUGUAGUGGUUACUUAAUUUUCAAUCAUUUACUUCAGUUGAGUCAAAAAUACGGAUCUCUCUUACGGUGAAAUUUUUUAAAGGCUUUAUUCUGUGUUCAUUUGGGAUAAAUUGUGUUUCCAAUCCAUUUACUUCUGUUCAGUCAAAACAAAUAGGGAUCUCUUUUUGAGGAAUAUUUUUAAAAAUCUGUUUUAUUUCGGUGAUUUAAUUUGGAGACUUUGUGCUGUGUUAAUUUAAGAUAAAUUUUGUAUUUAUGAAUUACAUGUUACUUAUUCUCGUGACAUUAUGAACAAAUAUAUCGUUUUGUAUCCCUUAUUCGGUGUUCUUAUUUUGUCGGCUAUGCUUUAUGUAUAUUUUAUGACGAAUGUUCAACAAUCAACCCCGAGGUUUAAAAGCGCAGCAACUCACGGAAAAUUGAUAACUCAAACGGAGACCACUAACAGUAUAUAUCAUGGGAAACGGAAGACGAGGGUUGGACUAAAAAAUGGAUACCAAUCAUUGAAAAGGGACGACGUAUCUCAAAUCCAGACAGGUGACAGGAAAAAUAGAAAACAAUUAGCUCUGAGGUCUAACAGCGAAAGGGUACUAAACAAAUUGAUGAAACCUUCAAUUCAAACGAAAGGCACUUACCAAUUAGAUGAUCCCGAGGAGAAUGGAAAUCAUUUACUGAAAAAGGACGAAAUAUCGCAAAUCGAGACAGGUACCGAGAAAAAAAGGACACAUUUUCUGGGAUUAACGGGAGCUUGGGGUAGGUUGGGUAAUCAUAUGUUCUUCUACGCUUCCUUAAGAGGAAUAGGGGACGCUAUCAACUAUACACCCAUUUUAAGUAGAACAGAUCCUAUACUUAAAUUGUUUGAAAUUAAUUUAAAUAAUUCUGUCGACAAAUUUACCCUGAACAAUAAUGUUGUGAAAGGUGAAAAAUGUAUAGGAAUUUUUACCAAAGAUCUGAUGUCACCCAUAAAUAAAACAACUAAUAUAACAGUGUUUGGAUACUUACAAUCGUUUAAAUAUUUCCAAAAAAUAGAAUCGGAUAUCCGAAAGGAGUUUAUCCUGAAAGCGGACAUCAAGGCUCGGGUCAAACAUAUCUUUAAUACACUUAACAUAUCACAUCGAAUAAAGGUUGGAGUUCAUGUUAGAAGAGGUGAUUUUGUGAAUAGAAAAGGAACCAAGGUAGCCACUCCUUCGUAUUUUUACAAAGCUAUGAAUAUACUGAGACAAAAUGUAACAAAUCCAAUAUUUGUCGUGUGUUCAGAAGAUAAGAAAUGGGUGAAGGAUUAUUUACAAUUUAACGAUUCGGUUAUUGUUCAUGAAAGUGUAGAAGUUGAUUUUGGAGUAUUAAUGAGUUGUGAUCAUAAUAUAAUAUCAUCUGGAACUUUUGGUUGGUGGACUGCCUAUUUAACGAAAGCCACUAAGCCAAAUAUUUGUUUGAAGUAAGUGAUAUUCAUUAUUCAAUGAAAAUUAUGAUAUUUGAUUCCAAUGGCAAAAUAGAAUUAAUUAAUGUGAUCAUAUAGAUAUCAAAAAGAUAUUUAUAAG